AUGGCCAAGUCCAAGUCUUCAGCCUCAUCUGCGACUCGUAAGAAGCACGCAAAGAAGCAGGCCGGCAAAGGCGCCGACGGUAGCAUAGACGAAGGCGAUACACAGCCAUCUGGCCCGACGAUCGUCGGUCAAGCUCCAAAGAGACCUGCCCAGCGGGGCCAGAAGAAGGACAAGAAGAAGCACGCCAAAGUCAAAGUCUACGUGCCGCCCCCCAAGCCGCCGAAAGGGCUCGUCGAUCCUGUUGAUCUCUAUGGACUAGGCGUAGCAGGAGACGCGAGAGUUGAUCCUAACCUGAUUGUGGUCCUGCGCAAGCUGCACAAGCGAGAUGAAAAGACGCUGGCACGAGCGAUAGAGGAGCUCGAUGGAUGGCUUCGUGCUGCUGUAGACGCCGUGCAGAGCGAAGAGGAGCUGCAAGAUCUGCAAGCUACAUUGCAUCUCAUCUUGCCUAUAUGGGUCCAUCACUUUGCUCGUCUCGUCGGACACAGCGCGCGGAGAAUACGCAUGCUCGCUGCUACGCUGCAGAGCUUCCUGUCGACCGUAGCCGGUUCGUCAGUCUACACGCGACAGGUCCAGCAGACCAGCCGACAGAUCCUCAUCUCCGAUAUCUCUGUGCAACAGGAAGGCUAUCUAGCAAGCUGGCUUUGCUCAGCUUUCGAUCUCGAUAGGAUCGUGCGCAGUGUGGCCAGUCUGAAUUGGCAAAACGUUACGCAAGCAUCAGAUGAGCACAUCGACCUUGCAGAGCACGCCAUAGAUAUUGCGUCUGCUCUCCAAGACAUCGUGUUUGCCGAUACAGGGUCCGAACAAGGGCACGAUGCAGAGGUCGCGCUAGAUCGGGCACAACUCAUUAGCGCAAUGGGUGCGCUGCAUUACUUGCUCGAGCAACAACCUCAAUUGCUAUCUAUGGACACUAUCGAGCCUGUCCUUCGAUCGGGUGCGCUUUGGAAAGAGCUGGAACCCUCGCCACGUUCUUCUGGUCCUUUGCGGUCCGCAACCUGGCGAAUGCUCGCACUACUGCUGACCAGCGAAGCUGGCACGACCCACAUAGAGGCUUGCUUGCACCUUGUCAGCAAGCACGCACUUGCGGCUGCCUGGAACGAACGUGAUCAUGGCACACAUGCUGUCAUGUGGCUCGGCCUACUGCCGCUCCUGCGAAAGUUUCCUCAGAGCUGGACUUCAGCAGAUAAGGCGGAAACCUCGGAAGACACCGAUGAGGAUGAAGAAGACUCUGAUUCUGACGCUCGUGAGCAUAUCAACGGCGACACGAACGACAUCUCAAGCAUAUCCAGCAGUAACGGGUCCCACGUCUUUCCACCCUCAAUACAAGGAUUGUUCAAUUUCUUGCAAUCCGGCUGCGGUAGUAACAUACAGAACUAUCCUGUCCUGCUUCUCAUCUUCUCAACGCUGCCGCCGUCAUUGCUGCCGAUGAACGAGGCAACGUUGAGUACAAUACCGACGUCGUUUUGGGCAGCAUUCGACUCGCGCGCUGUUGACAUCAAAGCGGCGGCUCACACGAAUAUCUAUCUGACUGCUUGGCUUGAUCUCGUCGCUUUCAUGCAGCGACGGCUUGCCAAGACCCCGGAUGCGAGCUCAGGAAACCGCCUACUGCGUGAUCAGCUGAUCGAGAUGUGGACGCGCUACCUCGCCAAUGCAGCGAACAGGACGUCUCUCUUUGCGCCUGAUGUAUCUUUGCGCAUACUCAGGGAUACGAUCAAUCAGCAGGCUCCUGAUGACCAAGACGAUAUCUACAGAAGCUUACAGACCGCAACGCCGCAAUUGUGUGUCAUCACAUCGGAAGACCCUCGUCAUGCUCGUCUAGUAGCACUCUCAACCGCAUUAGAGACCUUGCCACAGCCUCAGACAGAUGUAUGGGCAGCAGACGUAUUCUUGCAGAGCAUUGAAUCGCUCAAAGAACAUAAGGCUACCAGCGCUAUGGAUAUGGGCCACGUACAACGCGUCAAGCAGCUCUUAACAUUCAUCUAUCGACACCUCUCUCAUCGCCCGGAGCAAGCUCGCAAUAGCUCAGAUCUGUCGGACUUUAUUCGGGACCACCUGUCUGCAUAUUUCAUUGGCGACAACGACGUACAGGCUGUCAAGAUCGCAUCGAUCUGGCUUCCGCUCGAACCUGAAGAUGCAAAUGUAGCCUGGUCCAACUGGCAUGAACAGACCAGCGCGUGGCCUGUGCCACCACAGAUGCGCUUGAUCGAAUUAUUCAACGAGCAUUUACCAAGAUCGACCCUGGCCAGGCUACCAUGCUUGUCGCUAGAGCCGGUCAUGCUGCAGCAUAUGGAGGACGUUUUGCAAGCCGAACAGGCGCCACCCCUUACGACGCUGCAGACCCUUGCGAGGAUCACGCAAGACCCACGCCCUUUCGCAGCUCAAUUUGUCGCAGAUACCAUGCGCAGUAUGCUUGCACAACGUGUCGUAAAGGAGGCAGGUCGAGUGGUUCAAGAGGGGGAACAUUUACUGCAUCAAUCGAAGACUAUAUGGUUACUUCUUGCUGAGCACCUAUUUCUGCAAUCCUCUUGGUCCAAGUUAUCGGACGAAGAGCAAGCGGCGAUGGUCAACGUAUCUGCACUCGCUUGCGUCAUGCUCGGGAAUCCAGAUUUAAUCGGAACACAGACACAUCUGACGCUCGUAUACGACCGACUGCGUGCCUUUUUGACAGCUGACGAGGCGAAAGUAUUGUCAGUGCAUGUCCUUGAUCUGCUCAGGCAUCAAAUAGCCGAGAGCAACAAUUUAUCGCCUGCACAGUUCUUGGGCGCGUUGGCGUACUUGCCGGAUGGAGUCGCCCCUCCUGCUUCGAUCCUGCCCGGCGCAGAUGAGCUCGAGCAAAGGUACACAGACAUGCAGCAAGAUCGGAGCGGGCAGUCAAUGAGCGCACUCUCAAGCGUAUAUGCUCGGAUCGUCAUCCUCGCAAUGCAAGCGAUCACCAGUGAUGCUUCGCUUGCAACCAGCCAUCCCGCGAUCGCGACUCAUGUUGCAGUUUUGACUGAGAUGGCGCAAGACGAGCAUGAUUUGUCUGUCUUGGGCGAAGCGAGUACCGAGUCCGAUAUCGUCGCUUUGCAAGCUGGCAGUGAACAAAUCGUCAACAGGCUCAUCGUCACGCUAGGCGCAAAAGCAGAUGGAGUAUGGCAUAGAAAGACGACAGAGCUGCUGUUGGCUCACGAGAAGCCGAACGCGACGCAUGACUCCUUGCAAUACAUGAUGGUGCACUUUGCCUCGAGAACAACAGCACACGGAUCUGCGCGCUCGGAUGUACCACAAAGACUAAUCGCGGGUGUCUUUCGCAAUUCUUCGGCUGGUCAGCCAGAGGCAGACGUAUGGCUCAAUUGUGCGAGGCGGAUGUCAACGCGGGGCGAGGUGUUCGCCCGCAGUAUCAUUGCUGGCACGCGAGAUGUUUUGUUGGAGAACCCUCGCUUUAACCGAUACCAAAAUGAGCUCGCGAGCGACAUCGCCAGCAUACCACCAGAAAGAGCCGGCGACAAAGCGUUUGCGCCUUUGAUGACCCUCAUCGCCUCUGCCCCUCCACAUGAUUCUUCGGCGCCGUUUUUGCCUGCGCAGAGGACAAUCUUUCUGCUACAAGCGAUCCAACGCUGGGCGGUCCUCUGGGAGGCUCCAGGCAGUGACAUUGGCGACUCACGCAAAUCACUCCUCUUUGCGAGCACAGAGCUCUUCCAGCAUCUCGUGCCCAUCGUUCAAGAUGUCGCUGGUGCGCAUUGGGAGUUUGCGUCCUCGCUCCUCGAUACAAUCUGCAAGACCUUCCAAUGGACCAAGCUGCUUGAUGCAGCCGGUCUGCAACAAGCACUGCGCUUAUACGAAAUCAUCGAUGAAUAUGCGUCAACUAAUCGUGCCUUGCGAGAGCAGGUACAUGCGUCUCAAUUGCGCAGUCGAGCCUCUCUCCUGGCCAUCUUUGUCAUGGCUCCGGCCUUGUCUAGCUCUCGUGCGACGAGCAGUCUUAUCGAAUCGCUAGCAAUGAUCAUUGUGCAGUGGGACACAUCUGUCAAAACGGAAGCAUUCGACCCUGCUCAGGCGAUAUCACAUUUUGCCUCCUCGAAUCAAGUCGUGCGACACGCAGCAUACAAGUCAGCGCGAGCUAUGAUCAUGCAGAUCGUCGAAGAUCUGGUCGUCGAGCUGGAGAUUUCGGAUGACGCCAUGGUCAGCGGGAUGAACGAGGGUUUCUUGACAGCAGUAGCAAAACCACUGAUAGAAGGUACUCGGCCAGAGGUGGCUUUGGGCUAUUUGCUUACUUGGCUGGCCAUCCUCGACCAUUUCGCGAAAGCGUCGUUGCGUCUCAAGAGCAGAUAUAUCGAGCAACUUCGCGAUGCGGACGUCGUCGGCAAAUCGCUCAUACCGACCGUUCUCAUGCUUGCAAGCGGUCGAGGCAAACUGCCGCCAAGCACAUGGAAGAUCGAUGAGGUCGACGUAGAAACGCUUGAUGGAGACUCCUUGGCCGCUCUUGCCGGUCAUGUUUAUUACCGCGCUCUAGGCGCUGUACCCUCGCUCGUGCGAGUAUGGUGGGAAUCUUGCAGAGACCGUCAAACAUCAAUGGCGUUGGCUUCGUUCACCGCCAAGACAUUUUCGCCUCUGCUGAUCGAACAAGAGCUUGCAAAGCUGCUCCAGCCCGAAUUUGCAUCUCAGCUCAAUGACGAUGACAUGAAAGUCAAAGUGAACAAGACAGUCAGCGAAGUCAAGGCGGUCUAUACUGUCGAUGAACAAACGAUGGAAAUUGGCAUUCGGAUACCGCCUGAGUUCCCACUACAAGGCGUCGAGGUCAAGGAUCUCAAAAAAGUGGGCGUGUCAGAGCAACAAUGGCGAGCAUGGAUCAUGGGCAUGCAGCAAGUCAUAUCCAACCAAGACGGCGCGAUCUACGAUGCUCUGCACAUGUUCAAGCGCAACGUCGCUUUGCAUUUCGAAGGCAAAGAGCCCUGCGCUAUCUGCUACAGCAUCAUCUCUGUCACCGAUCGCACGCUGCCAACAAAGUCGUGCAAGACUUGCAAGAACACCUUUCAUGCGGCUUGUCUCUACAAGUGGUUCCAAAGUUCCACGGGAUCAUCAUGUCCCCUCUGUCGCAGUCUGUUCUGA